UUUUUUUUUUGGUGGGUCAAGCUUCUACAUCGUUCUAGGAAGGGAGGUGACUGUCACCACCUACCUGAGGAAGAAGGACACCAACCGAUCGGCCUACGCCCGGAGUCCCGCCACCGUCCUGUGAAGUGCGUGAGCUCACGCACCUCUAGAAGCCUCGCGUCAUUCUUCACUUGCCGGCACAUGCACCCUUUUUCUGGUGAUUUCUCUGGCCGUCCCUCUUGCCGAUGACCUUUUCUGUUUGGCGCGCCUCUGACCAACGUGUUUCCACACCUGGUUUGCAUAUUUAUUUUUUUGGUACCUUCUGUUGCCCAAUUUCUUGCUUUCUGCCUCAGUACCUAUUCCGUUAAUUGAAAAAUGACUGAUGGAAAGAAGGAAGCCUCUGAAACAAAAGCUGGAUUUGUCAGUGAUAAUCCCUAUUUACAAAUUAGUCCUGUAAAGUUGGAUGGAACUAAUUAUUUGGCAUGUCUAGAUCCUGUCUAAGGUUCAUUCAGGCUAGAGGACUGUAGGGGUAUAUCACUGGAGAUAAGAAAAAGCCAAAAAGUGCUAGUUCUACCUACAAUCAGUGGGAGUCGGAGAACUCUCUUGUUAUGUCAUGGCUCAUCAAUUCUAUGCAACCUCAUAUAGCUCGUGGAUAUAUACUGUUGGACAGUGCAACUACCAUUUGGAUUGUUGUUUCUUAGACUUAUUCUCAAGUUGGGAAUGAUGCAUAAGUUUAUGAGCUUAGGAACAAGGUUCAUGGAAUGAAAUAAGGUGAGUUGACUGUUGCUCAAUAUUAUGCAGAAUUGAGUGGUCUAUGCAAGGGUUGGAUUUCUAUCAGGACUUUUAGGCUUCAUGUCCGGCUGAUGCAGUUAAGUUCCAGAAAUUGAUUGAGAAGGAGUGCAUAUAUGAUUUUCUUGCUGUUAUGGAAAGUCAAUCACUAUAUUAUUUCUCUGUAUAUUCUGUAUUCUGUAGUCCUAUUUAGGAUUUCUUAUUUAGGAUUUCUUCCUAAUUAGUAUAACACAAUUAUAGUAAUCAAUUGUAUAUAUACACCCAUGUACAGAUUAAUUAAAAUUAAGGAUAAUUAUCUCUUUCUACAUGGUAUCAGAGCAGGUCAUCUAUCUAGGGUGACUAUUUGUUCUCACCACCUAGCUCAGGAGAGACCUUGGCCGUCGACCAGCCGUCCCCUCUGAUCCUGUCGCCGGAAUCCAAGCGUGUGAGGCUCACGCGCCCAACUCAGGUUCUCGCCCUUUCUUCAUUCGCCUGCGCGUGAAGGCUCGUCCGCUGGCCGUUUCGACUCCGAUCAGCAUCGUCUCCGUCACCUCAACCCCCUCAUUUCACCACUGUGUGCUGGUGCCUAAUCCAGUACACCAUUAAAGGACUUCUGAGGUUUGGCUUUCAGAUCCUAUUUCGGUAUUUGCUUGAUUUGUGAUUUUGGGUUAUUUUGUGGCUAUAAGCACUUUGGAUUAGCAUUUCGGUUAGUUUUCUUUAUCUCAACAAAUGGCAGACAAUAAGAAUGUUAUUUCUAAUGUGAUUCCAGUGAUGACUAAGAUCACAGAAUACAAACUUAAUGGUUCGAAUUACCUGGAGUGGAGUAAGGCUGUUAGGAUCUAUUUGCGUAGCAUUAAUAAGGAUGAUCACCUUACUAAAGACUCACCUACUGAUGAUAUGCGGCAAACUUGGCACAGUGAGGUAAUUAGUUUAAUUAAUCACUGUGAAUUUGUUGAGGAAUUGAUGGAUUAUUUAGAUUUUCUGUAUUCUGGUAAAGGGAAUAUCUCCCGUAUUUAUGAUGUUUGUAAGGCAUUCUACCGUGCUGAGAAAGAGAAUAAGUCUCUCACGGCUUAUUUUAUGGAUUUUAAACGGGUAUAUGAGGAACUUAAUGUAUUGUUGCUUUUUAGUUCUGAUGUGAAAGUUCAGCAAGCCCAACGGGAGCAACUGGCUUUUAUGAGUUUUCUUGCAGGCCUUCCUUCAGAGUAUAAGACCGCUAAAUCUCAGAUUCUUUCCAGUUCCAAGAUUUUCUCUUUGCAUGAAACGUUUACACGGGUCCUUCGUACAGAGAGUACUCAAUGUUCACAGCCUGCCAGUAGUGCUCUUAUUAGCCGUAAUCCAAAUGGACAACAGGGUAAUAGAAGAGGAAGUAGAGGAGGAAUUAUAGGCAACAGAGGUAAUCAGCAUAAUGGGGAGGCUAGUUCUAAUCAGGACUAAAGAGGAAUCAUUUGUUAUUAUUGCCAUGAGCCUGGCCAUACAAAAUGUAAUAGUUCGCAACUUCAGAGGAAAAAUCAACGAUCAAAGAUGACAAAUAUGGCGACAAAGGAUUCUACAGUAUCUUCUUCUAAGAAAACUAUUUUGGUAUCUGCAGAGGAUUUUGCACAGUUUUCCCAGUAUUAGGCAUCUCUAAAGCUUACCAGUUCUCCUGUUAUUGCGAUCGCUGAGUCAGAUAAAUUCACUACAUGCCUUGUGUCUUCCUCAUCCAAAUGGGUUAUUGAUUCUGGUGCGACAGAUCACAUGACAGGUAAUUCUAGUCUUCUAUCUGCUUUUCAGUCUAAUCUCACUUCCUUUACUGUUACUUUAGCCGAUGUUAUACUUCUUGUGUCAUGGGUUCUGGAACUGCGAACCCGACUUCGUCAAUUUCUUUGUCAUCUGUUUUGUGUUUAUCAAAAUUUUUUUUUUAAUCUACUUUCUGUUAGUAAAUUGACUCGUACCUUAAAUUAUUAUGUUUCACUUUUUCCUGACUAGUGUUUUUUUUAGGAUUUUACGACGAAGCAGAUUAUUGGUAGAGGACGUGAGUCAGGUGGUCUCUACAUUCUGGAAAAUCAUGUACCGCGGUCGCUUGUUUGCUCCAGUACCUUAACACCUCUUGAAGCUCAUUGUAGAUUGGGCCAUCUUUCUUUGUCUACCAUGAAGAAGCUGUAUCCUCAGUUUCAGUCUUUAUCAGUACUAGAAUAUAAAUCGUGUCAGUUUGCAAAAUAUCAUCGUUUGCCUUCAGUGUCUAGAGUCAACAAACGGGCUUCAUCCCCUUUCGAGUUAGUUCAUUCUGAUGUUUGGGGUCCUUGUUCCGUUACUUUUAAAACUGGAUUUGUUAUUUUGUUACUUUUAUUGAUGAUUACUCUCGUGUUACCUGGUUAUAUUUAAUGAAGAAUCGUUCUGAGUUAUUUUCUAUUUUUUGUGCCUUUUGUAAUGAAAUCAAAACUCAAUUUAAUAUUUCUGUGCGCAUAUUAAGAAGUGAUAAUGCAAAAGAAUAUUUUUCAGUACAAUUUCAGUAUUAUAUGACACAAAAUGACAUUCUUCAUCAGUCUUCCUGUGUUGAUACCCAAUCCCAAAAUUAUAUGGCUGAAAGAAAAAAUUGGCAUCUUCUUGAGGUAACUCGUGCUCUUCUUUUUCACAUGAAGUUUCUAAACACUUUUGGACGGAUGCAGUUUCUACGGCAUGUUUUUUGAUCAAUCGUAUGCCAUUUUCUGUCCUUAAUGGAGAUAUUUCUUAUACUGCUUUUUUUUUCUAUAAAAUCUUUGUUCCCUGUUGAAUCCUGUAUUUUUUAUUGUACCUGUUUUGUGCGUGAUGCUCAUUCACAGGUUACUAAAUUGGAUCCGAAUUCUCUCAAAUGUGUCUUCUUUGGAUACUCCCGGCUCCAAAAGGGGAGAUUGGAGAUUCCUAACUCAGAUCCUCCACCAGUUACUUCGUUGGGAGAUCCUGUACCUCACACUGAUCAUGAUUCUGAUCUAGACUUACCCAUUGCUCUUCGUAAAGUUAUUGCUGUUCCAAAUGGUCUUCAAGCCUGGAAAAUGCUGGAAGAUCUGAAUAAUCAUAUUGAUAUUGUCCUAACAGAGGUGGUCGUGCCUACCUUAUCUGGAAUUGGCCUUUUGUGUAAGAUUACGAGCCACAAAACUCUCAAGAAUAUUCCAGUGAUAAUGAUGUCAUCCCAUGAUUCUAUGGGUAUAGUCUUUAAGUGUCUGUCAAAAGGUGCAGUUGGUUUUUUGGUGAAACCCAUUCGGAAGAAUGAACUUAAAAACCUAUGGCAGCACAUCUGGAGGAGAUGCCACAGUGUGAGUUCCUUUACUUUUGUAAUUCAGAGAGAAUAAAAUAUGUUACAAGCCAAUGUGGAUAUUUUAUUGGGUUGAUUUUAUUUUAAAACUUUUCAACCUUUAUUUGAUGUAAGGCUAAUUUAAUGGCCCUUUUAGAAGCUACAAGUGCAAGUGGUUUUGCUAACAAGUUUAAAUCCUUCCAUAGAAAUAUAUUCAAAUUAUUGCAACUUC